CGCAAAUGAACCAGAAUAUUAUGCAAUCCUGUCACCGCCUCCGCACGCGGAAAUGCGGCCGUCCGGGCUCUAACGACGACAACGACCGACGACGCGACGACGACCCUGGGUUACCAGAUUGAAUAUUGAUGGGCGAUUCGGGAACCCGCCGGCAGACGCACCGCGCGCGCGGGGUGUGUCAGGACGGGUCGGAUGGGGCCUCUCUGCUGAUCCUGCGCAGACGCUCCAGCUCCAGAGACUGCAGCUGGACGGGGGGAAACGUCGGCGAUACUGGGCUGUGUGAUGGAAAUAUUACUGUAAUGGCCCCCCGGCGCAUCAGCGCUGGUGUGUUUCUGUUCGUUCUGGGAUAGAGGGAAACUCACGGAGGAAAAUCUUCGCGGUUUAGGGUGCGAGCAGACCUGUUGCCAGUUGGGACUACUGGAGAUGCCUGGAUAAAC